AUGAACAGACUUUGGCGAAGUUUCGAUGGCUUGGGAAAGUGCAAGAAAUCGACGCCUGUGUCCAGAGCCGGUCCAGCCAAGCUGCUCAGGAAGGAACUGGACGAGCAGAUCAACGUCGGCCGAGCACAAAUACGCUUACCUCCGCCGUCACCGAGACGAGCAGCCACAGUUGCGCUGAGACGUUUUGCAAGACGAGGUAAAAAAGGACAAGACCAGGAUAUGUAA